GGUUACACUGCACUAUGGCUACUGUGGUAGGAAAAGUUGAGACCCAACAUGAGAACAUGAUUCAUGAUGCCCAGAUGGACAUCUAUGGACACCGGUUAGCCACCUGUUCCUCUGAUAGAUCCGUAAGAAUAUUUGAAGUGGACAAAAAUCAGCACCGACUUAUUGCUACACUGAUCGGUCAUGAUGGACCAGUAUGGCAGAUUUCCUGGAUGCACCCUAUGUAUGGAAAUGCUCUCGCUUCCUGCUCUUAUGAUAAAAAGGUGAUCCUAUGGAAGGAAUCAGAUCGAGGACAGUGGGCUAAGUUCUACACACACGAGGUCCAUGCCAGCUCAGUAAACUCGAUCCAGUGGGCCCCACCAGAUACAGGAUUAUAUCUAGCGUGUGGAUCUAGUGAUGGAACUAUCAGUAUUCUACAGGGAUCUGGAGACGACAAGUUCUCUUUCCUCAUGAUUCAGAACGCACAUACGACAGGCGUAAACGCAGUGAGCUGGGCGCCUUCCCACCCUUCUGGUACUACUCUCGAUCCGAGUACCAAAGACUAUGAUGUAAUCAGCAAACGUUUUGCAUCUGGGGGAGGAGAUAAUCUCGUCAAAGUUUGGAAAUUUAGCGACGAGAAGAAUGCGUGGGAGAUGGAAGCUGAGCUGAAGGGACACAACAAUUGGGUACGAGAUGUAGCCUGGGCCCCGGACACUGGCUUCACUACCAGUACCAUCGCCAGUUGCUGCCAGGACGGCAAAGUCUUUAUUUGGCAAUGUAAAGAUCUCGACAAAGCUAACUGGGAUAUAAAGAGAACGAUGCACACAUUUGAUGACGUUGUGUGGCAUUUAAGUUGGUCAGUAAUGGGUGACAUUCUAGCAGUCAGCGGUGGAGAUAAUAAGAUAACGUUAUGGAAAGAAUCCCACAAAGGCGCCUGGAUCUGUAUAAGCAAACAAGACACUAAUAAAACUAACUGAUCAUCACAUGUUUGAAAUCGUGACUUAAUUGAUGAUAUUAUGGAAUUGUUUUUUUUAUAACAGUGACUGAUUGGUUGGAGUUUUUCCAGGACAGAUUAUUCAGUUUCUUAUGCUUAACGAAUAGUUUUAUUAUAUGCAAAUUCAAAUUUUAUGGGAUGAUUAAUAGAGGUAUCGUAGGAAUUUAACACUGUUAUCCUCAUCUUAAUAACAUAUUUUUCGAAAUUGCAGCAGACAGACCAGUGAUUGUCGUAGCCUAGAGUCUAACUUUUCUUUUUGGCCCCCUGCUAAGGCAAAGAAAACGUCAUGUUUUCACGAUGAUUAAUAACAUAUAAUAAGACUUAGCGCUUUUUUCCUGUGGGGUUAUACGUUUUAAAGUAUAGUAAAUUUGUGUGUAAAUUCAAUAUUUUGUAAAGAUUCGCCCCAAAUUCUUGA